GAACAGACGGCCUUUGAAUGGAAAGAUAUCUAUCACAAAUUAAUUGAUCAUUUGUAGCAAAUUCUUAAGUGUCAUUGUAACGUUACUUUGGUGAAAUACAGUUCGUCUUACUGGAUUGUCGUAACACUAAUAAAAAAUUCAAAGUUUCCUACUGCAUUCCGAGUAAUGAAUUCCGAUGCUGUCAGUAACACCGAUAAGAAUGUUUCGAGUACAAGUGAAUCUCAUGAUUCACAAUCGAAGUCGGGUUUUACAAAUUCAAAGUGUGAAAAUUAUUUGGAUCUUUUUUUAAAAGAAAAUCCUUAUCAUAGACAGGGCAGCGGAAAGUAUGCUCGGGUCAAUGACACAAUGGAGUAUACAGACACCCCUGUAAAUAUAAAAGAAAUGGUUUCUACGAUGUUUGAUGAUUUACGUAAUGUUUUAGCUGAUCGAAUUGCAGAAAACAUGUGCCAGCAGAGCUUUACUAAUGUACAAAAAAUGAAUGCCCCCCAUUCAAAUUCUAGUUCAGAAAAGUGUGCAUCAAACAUUCUUGGUACACUGUGGGAAGAAAAUAAAAAUUUACGAUUUCUUUUAUGCCGACGAUAUUUGAAUUUUUUGGUGACGCCUACAACUAAAGGCCAAGUAAACACAUUAUCAAGUGUUAGAUGUGAUUGCUGGAGCUUUUUUAAAAAUUCCAUUGCACUUUUGGAUUACUUGGCUCAUUUCGAAACACAAAAAUGGAUAGAGCAAUUUACAGCCUGCGACAAAGAACGAGAACGUCUAGCUUUAUCAUUAGUUCGUUUGACGAAUAAAAUGGCUCAAACUGAGGCUGUUAUUAGAAAAGAUCCAAUACUCUCAGGAGCGUUUCAUUUACAAAUUGCUGAUUUCACCAUGGGUAACGUUGUAACCCAGAUGAGAGACGCUUACGCUCAGUUAGCUGUAGCUCAAGUAUUAAAUAAGGAAUUAGAAAAUCAACUUGAAGUUCAAAGGACACUUAAUAGAAAGUAUCGAGAAGAACUAUUUGAUUUACGCAAGAAAGUCCUCAAAAUUUCCAUAACAUCUUAUUGUAUCUUCAUUUUACUUCAGACUGAAGAGUUUUUCAAGAACUUCAACGAGCACCUUAGGGUUGUGAUGCAAGAGUCAUCUGAUGUACGCAAAUCAAUUUCCCAGGAUUAAAUUGUUUCAAAAUAUGGCAUGGAAGAUGUAUAAUGAAGAAAAACAAAAAACAGUCAUUCAAUACACAGGAGUCAUUUUCUUUUGUUGACUAUUUAAUCAGAACUUUUUAAGAAAUUCAAUUUUUCUGCUUUUAAUCUUCAAAAAAUUUGCUAAAUUUCGUUCUGUGAUUUUUUUUUAUAAACAAGUCUGCGAAGAAUUUUGCUUUUGUAACUUUAAUAUUGUUAUAUGAGUCGUCAAUCCCCCUAAUACUUUUGUUGAAGAAUACUAAUCUCUGCGUUAAAUACGGAGGAACAUAAUAAGCUAGAAAAAAUUUUACUGCUAAAAGAAGCUAAUUUUUUUUAAUUGUUAGAAAUAUGAAAUAUUUGAAAUUACCUUAGAUAUUUAAAAAAAUUAAAAAAAAAAAUUAAACUAAAAUAUUAGG